AUGUCAGGAUUGCUUGAUGGAGCAAAGAAAGCAUAUCUUAUUGUCAAAAGGCACGCAACGCCGACGCAGACAACCCAGCUGGCGCCAAUACAAACCAUGCGAGUGCACACGGAGAAAGUGUGGGCAGUCGCGUUCUUCAAAGACGGUCGACGGAUCGUCACUCCUUCAAAGGAUAAAACCCUGCAAAUCUGGGACGUGGAGACAAGAACAUUGGUGGGGGGUCUGUUCAAGGGACACAGCGACCGUGUUUAUUCAGUCGCCGUAUCACCAAAUGAUAGGCGAUUUGCGAGUGGUGGAGAAACUGGAGCCAUCAUCAUCUGGGAUGUCGGUAAGAAGCAGAUGCUAUUCGAACUGAAGAAGCAUGUAAAACUGGUUCCGUCGCUGUGUUUCUCCCCCGACGGAAAGAGACUUGCAAGCGGGUCACUGGAUAAAACAGUUAUUAUAUGGGAUGCGAAGACUGGUGCUGUCCUCUCAACCCUCCAGAGUGCUCGGGGUUCGGUGUUUUGUGUCGUCUUCAGCCCGAAUGGGCUACAAUUAGCGUCCGGCGAACAGGGUACUGUUCGGGUCUGGAACACCGAGAACGUCGCCGAGCUUCUGUUCGAUAUCAACUUCGCUCACCAAGGUUGGGUUAAAAGUGUUGCGUGGACGCCCGACGGCCAGCAACUCAUCUCUGCAUCACACGACCAAACAAUCAAGUUUUGGGACUCGUCAAAUGGGACCAAGAUCGGUCAACCUUGCACCGGUCACACUCACGACAUCAACUCGCUUGCCAUUUCUUCUGAUGCCUCCUUCAUUGCAACCGUCUCAUUCGAUAAGACUAUGCGCAUGUGGAGCACUGAGUCACACGAGCAGAUAGGACAGCGACUCAAACACACCACACGUGUUUCCUCUGUCGCAAUCUCUCCCAAUGGAGAACUGCUCGUGAUUGGAGAUUACGAUGGGAAUGUUCAGCUCUGGUCCAUCGAGAACAUACUUUCCGCAACACUCGAGACGGAUUCCUCAUACUAUUUAUAUCUUGCGCAUCGCAGCAAGGUGAAGUUGGGCCAAAACCUCUAUGCGGAGGCCCUUUUGGACGCGGAAAAGGUCAUCGAGCUCAACCCUACGUCUCAUCUCGGAUACGAACUGAGGCGUGCAGCGCUUUGUGGAGCGCUGUGCUAUGAUGAUGCACUCGAGGGCCUCACAAUCAUGCCCUCCGAGUUGGAUGAUGUGCCCGACCCACAGAUACGACAGCUACGCCAGCAAUACGUCAGUCCAUCUGAAGUAGCUAUUCGACGAGCCAUCGACGCCAAACUGGAAAACGCUCCACUUCGUCUAAUCAAUACUAUCACUGGGGAUAUAUGUGAUCGAAGUGCACAGAUCAAGACAUUCGUGAAGAGUACGAAGUACAAAAUGCUUUUGCAUUCAUUGGUGAUGCAUGCACCCCUUCAAACAGAGCUCAUCGAAGAAGCCGUCGUGACGUACUUCAGUUGGGUCAUGUUGUCCCAUAGAUGGGAAAUUAAGGAGCCGCUACUGCACGAGAUUCAGGGCAGCAUAUACGACUUGGAUCCGGUCGGAACCAUUGUGAAGUUGCAGAAGUUCUGCGAGGUCGUUCGCAAUGCGGGGCAUUGCUGGGCGUGGAGCGACACGUGCUGCAUCGACCAGAACAACAACAUCGAGCUCCAACAAUCGGUCAAUUCCAUGUUCAUCUGGUAUCGCCACUCAGCGCUUGCCAUUGUCUACCUAUCGGAUGUUCCUCCUUCGUCGCUCGCAAAUAGCAUUUGGAACACGCGAGGAUGGACCGUUCAGGAGUUUCUCGCUCCUAAAAUGGUUCUCUUCUACCAGGCAGAUUGGACCCUAUAUCUCGAUGACCACUCACACAACCACAAGCAGUCUGUCAGUAUCAUGAAGGAGUUGGAGGACUCAACUGGCAUAAAUGCGCGGGCGCUCGUCAACUUCCAUCCAGGGAUGAGGAAUCCCCGCGAGAAACUCCAAUGGGUGUCGAAACGCGAGACCACGAGGGAGGAGGACAUCGCGUAUUCGCUGUUUGGGAUAUUCGGCGUCCACCUUCCUGUAAUCUACGGAGAAAAAAGACAGAACGCGCUCGGACGUCUCUUGCAGGAGAUCAUAGCUCAUUCGGGCGACAUCACUGCCCUUGAUUGGGUGGGACAAUCAUCCGGCUUCAACAGCUGUCUGCCAGCCGACAUCUCCUCAUACAAGGCUCCGUCACUAUUGCCAUCCCUAUCCGAAGACGAGAUGCAGAAUUCGGUCUCCACGCUGCGAAAUACUGUGGCCGUAGAGUCGGCUUUGAAUCUGUAUACCCUCCUUGAGAAGCUCAGCUUUCCUCGUUUUGCCAAUGCCAGGUUGCAGUUACCUUGCAUCGCAUUUCCUCUCACGGAAGUCAGGCGGAGGUCUGGUCAAUAUGGGGACCAACGUUUCACUUAUGAUGUCAAAGCAGAUGGGCUUCGCGACCUGCCAAUCACUACAGAAGACCAGCUAGCUCAAUUCUGGCUUGGAAGACGUGUUCGGCGGACAGUCUUGCUCAUUCGUCCAUGGACUCGUUAUCUCCUCGGGCUAUCUGACUUUGCAGAACUCCUGGAUUUUGCAGAACCGCCCGACAUUAACGAUGAAUGUAGCGUGCAAGAUUAUUGGUCUGCGCUUGAGUCUCCAGGAGAACAGCCGGAGUGCGAGCGUGCGUUUCGAUUGGUUGCUCACCUUGGAAAGCCCUUUAGUGCGUUCUUACUAGUGCAGCAGCCUGGUGGGGAGUAUAGGAGAAUUGCCUCGGAUAUUAGUAUCAUUGCGCAAGUUAGAGACGCGAGUUCCAUUGAUGACCUGAUGGACAUCAGAACACUAGAGAUAUUGUAG